GGGAGUGGCUCUGGACACCAAUCCCCGUGCACUCAGCGGUGGCAACCAGCGGCGGCUGGCUCUCGCGAUUCAGCUCGUUCGCAUGCCAGAACUGCUGCUGCUCGACGAACCUCUUGCUGGACUUGACUGGAGGGCAAGGGCGGACGUGGUGAGGCUGCUGGCAGCACUCAAGAGGGAACGGACCAUUCUAGUUGUCAGCCAUGACCUCAGGGAGUUGUCCCCCUUAGUGGAUCGGUCGUGGCGCAUGCAGAUGGGGGGAAGGUUGAGGGAGGAACCACUGCCAGCUGCAGUGUCAGAUGAUGAGGGUGACAUCAAUUUUCCUUGGCGUGCGUGAAGGAUAAGGACGUGUUCCGAUGAAGUUUGGGAGUUGUCACCUCCUCAUUAUGUGUUCAUUAUUUGGGCCAGCUAAGUGUUCUGAAAAAUGUAAUGCACAUUUAGUUGACUUGGCAUAUCAUGUAAUGUUAGAUCCUUUCAAUGUGAAAUACAAGAAUGCAAAUUUA